AUGUCUCGACGACGCGUUUCCUACUAUUAUGAUCCGGACAUCGGAUCAUACUCGUAUGGUCAAGGCCAUCCAAUGAAACCGCUUCGCAUGCGAAUCACCCAUGAAUUGGUAACUGUGUAUGAUAUGUUACCGAAGAUGGAAGUUCUAAGAGCACGUCGCGCAACUCCUGAAGCCAUGGCUGCGUUUCACACAGACGAAUAUGUACAUUUCUUGAAUAAAGUAACUCCCGAUACGGCAGAAGAAUUGACGUACCACGGGACAAGGUUCUUGGUCGGGGACGAUAAUCCAGCAUUCGAAGGCAUCUUCGAGUUCUGCUCGAUCUCAGCUGGUGGUACCAUAGCUGCCGCAAAACGCAUCACCUCUGGGGCGGCCGACAUCGCCAUCAACUGGGCUGGAGGGCUACAUCACGCCAAAAAGCGUGAAGCCUCUGGGUUCUGUUACAUCAAUGACAUAGUACUCGGCAUCCUCGAACUCCUACGCACCUUCCCACGCGUGCUUUAUGUCGACAUUGACUGCCAUCAUGGCGAUGGCGUGGAGGAGGCGUUUUAUACGACUGAUCGCGUCAUGACGUGCAGCUUUCACAAGUUUGGUGAAUACUUUCCUGGCACAGGUACACAAGAAGACAAGGGGAGGGGCAAGGGCAAGGGGUAUGCGGUGAACGUUCCGUUGAAGGAUGGGUUGACAGACGACUCAUUCCGGAGCAUAUUCGAACCGGUCGUGUCAGGAAUUGUUGACACCUUUAGGCCCGCUGCUAUAGUUCUUCAAUGUGGGUCGGACUCGCUGUCGGGCGACAAGCUCGGCUGUUUCAACGUGACCAUGAAGGGCCAUGCUCACUGUGUCCAGUUCAUUCGUAACUUGAAUAUUCCCAUGAUACUUCUUGGCGGCGGCGGCUAUACAGUCAAGAAUGCGUCACGUACAUGGGCGUACGAGACCGCAUGCGCUCUAGGAAUUGAAAAAGAUAUCAAUCUGAGCCUGCCGUGGAAUGAGUUCUUCGAGUGGUUUGGGCCAAGGUAUAGGCUAGAAGUUGCGGAGAGUAAUAUGGAGGAUCUAAAUAUCAAGGACGGCUCGUUGGAAAAAGUGAAGGAAAUUGCCCUGAAGCAAUUACACGAGUUGCAACCGGUCCCUUCUGUCGCUAUGCACGACGUUCCUAGAGAGAGCGUGGGCCAGCAUCUUGGAUUAUUCAGAGACGGUCAACUAGGCUCAAGAGACGAGCUUGAUGAUCGCUUAGCACAGCAUUCCCGGUUUGUGUACAACCUACAGGAACCAGAAACAGUCGACUCUCUUACUGACGACUCGGAUGAUGUUGACUCGUACCGGUACGACUCCGACGAAGUUUUGUCUUCGCAAAGACAGCGACCACUUCGCGCAGGACAGCGAAAACGGAUGAGUAUUGUAUCUAACGAGUGGUACACAGUCCCUACGCUAGAUCACUUCGGCUACUACGAACAGAAUUCGGAGAGAAGAAAGCGACGGUUCUUCGACAGCGGCUUAAGAUGGGACUCGGACGCAAGGCUCGCUGUCAUGAAUUACAACCCAAGAUACAAUCUGAGAGAGGCAAUGGAGGCGGAACAGCCGUGGUCUGUGCCUGCUGCACCAGAUGAAUUGGUGGAAUUUGAAGAGGAGAUGGAGGAAGAGGAAGAUUGACUUGUGUUUGGUCCUGUUUAUUUAUAGCUAUCUGUAGUGUCUUGUCUCUGUAAGGAUCACAUCAUUGCUGUAGCUGUUUGAACUAAGACAACACUUAACUUGAGCUUGCUUACCUAAAAUCUGCAAUAAAUCAGGGC